UGAGCCAUGAGCCAAAGUCUCCUUCAAUAGGAAUGCUUUCAACAGCGACUCGGACCACUGCUACCGUCAGUCCCCUGACCCCUUCUCCUCUCAAUGGCUCCCUUGUGCCCAAUGGCAGCCCAGCAGCCACCAGCAGCCUGUCAGUUCAAGCAGCACCCUCUUCCAGCUUCGCUGCCGCCCUGCGCAAACUUGCAAAACAAGCUGAGGAACCGAGAGGGUCUUCAAUAAGCAGCGAGUCUUCCCCAGUCUCUUCUCCGGCAACCAACCACAGCUCUCCCGCUAGCACGCCCAAGCGAGUGCCCAUGGGGCCCAUCAUCGUUCCUCCAGGGGGCCACAGCGUCCCCAGCACACCCCCAGUGGUCACCAUCGCACCAACGAAAACAGUCAAUGGUGUCUGGAGAAGCGAGAGCCGACAGCAAGAAGCAGGAGCUAGAAGCGGCAGCAGCCGAGACCGCCUCAUCGUGGAGCCUCCCCUGCCUCAGGAAAAGGCAACGGGACCGGCCAUCCCUUCCCACCUUCUGAGUUCUCCCUACCCCUUCAGCAUCCCCCCCAGUUCUGUCGUUCAGGACUCCCGAUUUCCGCCACUAAACCUCCAGCGCCCUGUACAUCAUGUGGUUCCCCCCAGCACUGUUACUGAGGACUAUCUCCGGAGCUUCCGACCUUACCACACGACGGAAGAUCUCCGCAUGUCCUCAUUGCCGCCCAUCAGCCUUGAUCCAGCCACUGCUGCUGCCUAUUACCAUCCUAGCUACCUGACCCCUCAUCCCUUCCCACACCCAGCCUUCAGGGUGGAUGAUUCCUACUGUCUUUCAGCUCUGCGGUCCCCCUUCUACCCAAUCCCAACUCCAGGCUCCUUGCCUCCACUACACCCAUCGGCUAUGCACCUCCACCUCUCGGGGGUCAGGUACCCCGCGGAGCUCUCUCACUCAUCCCUCUCAGCCCUGCAGACGGAAAGGAUGUCGAGUCUCACUGCAGAGAGGUUGCAGAUGGAUGAAGAACUGAGACGGGAGAGGGAACGGGAGAGAGAAAGGGAAAGAGAGAGGGAGAAGGAGCGAGAACGAGAAGCUGAUCGGGAGCGAGAGAAGGAGCGAGAGAGGGAACGGGAGCGGGAAAAAGAACUAGAGAGAGAACGGGAGAAGGAGAGGGAGCGGGAAAGAGAAAAGGAACUGGAAAGGCAACGUGAGCGAGCCCGAGAGAAGGAGCUGAUGGUCAAGACCAUGGAGAACCAGUUCCUGCCCGUAUCUGAGCUGCAUGGGGUUCGGGUCCUUCCAGGAGAAGAUCGGGUGAAACCUUCUGAGCAACUAACACCAAACAGACCAGAGAAACUUAAGGAGCCUGCCCUGCAGACACCCAAGGCCGUCCAGCACCCUCUGCACCCUACCCCUGCUUCCCACCACCCGGUGCCCAGCCUCAUCUCCAACCAUAGCAUCUUCCCUCUGCCCGGGAGCAGUGCCGCCACAGCCCUACUGAUCCAGCGCACAAAUGAGGAAGAGAAGUGGCUGGCUCGCCAAAGGAGACUUCGUCAAGAAAAGGAAGACCGGCAGUCCCAGGUGUCUGAGUUCCGACAGCAGGUCUUGGAGCAGCAUCUUGACAUCAGCCGCCCCCCAGCUCCAACGGAACCUGAACAUAGACCCGAGAACCCCAGACCGGGACCAAAUCGUCAUGAGCCAAGCAGCCGAGACCAGCCACAGCACUUUGGAGGGCCCCCGCCCCUCAUCUCCCCCAAACCCCAGCACCAUCCCAUGCCAACCUCACUCUGGAACCCAGUAACUUUGAUGGAGAACACCCUAGAACCACGGAGGGUACAAGAAAACCAUUCUCUCCACAGCCACCCAGCUCCGUUUGAGCCCAGCCGACAAGCCAUCCCCUUGGUUAAGGUAGAAAGAGUUUUCUGCCCUGAGAAGCUUGAAGAGGGGACUAGGAAGAGGGAGGCCACCCUGGACAAAUACCAGCCACUCAGGGAGCCUGGGCCGUUGGAACACAGUGGCUAUUCUCACGGGCCUUUCUUGGCUGAACUGGAGAAGUCCACUCAGACCAUCCUCAGCCAGCAGAGAGCAGCUCUCCCCCAGGCCGGACAGUUCCCCGACGUGAGCCUGCCCCCCAAGCCCAGCUCUCCGUAUCGGCCUCAGCUCCCCAGGGGCCCCGACCCCAUGUACGUGUACGACGAGUUCUUACAGCAGCAUCGCAAGCUGGUCAGCAAGCUGGACCUGGAGGAGCGCAGACGGCAAGAAGCCCAAGAGAAAGGCUACUAUUAUGACCUCGAUGACUCUUAUGAUGAGAGUGAUGAAGAAGAAGUCCGGGCCCACCUGCGAUGUGUCGCCGAGCAGCCACCCCUCAAGCUGGACACUUCUUCUGAGAAGCUAGAAUUCCUGCAGCUCUUUGGCCUGACAACCCGACAGCAGAAAGAGGAGUUGUUGACACAGAAGAGGAGGAAACGGCGUCGGAUGCUGAGGGAGCGGAGCCCAUCACCCCCAGCAGUUCAGAAUAAGCGCCAGACCCCUUCCCCCAGGCUCACGCUCUCCACUCGCUAUAGCCCCGAUGAGAUGAACAACAGCCCCAAUUUUGAGGAGAAGAAAAGGUUCCUGACCAUCUUCCACCUGACUCACAUCAGUGCUGAAAAGAGAAAAGACAAAGAGAAACUUGUUGAAAUGCUCCAUGCCAUGAAACAGAAGACAAUGUCGGCAGCAGUGAUAGACUCAGUGAAAAAUGCUUCGAGGGACAGUCCCAUUAUCUCCCUGAGCGAGCCACCAACACAGCAAGUCCCUACAGAUGCAGAUAAACCCAUCAGUACCACAGCUUCCUUAUCGGACACCCCGAAGCCCACAGAGCCUGGAAGACUUGAACAACUCAGACCCCAGGAGCUCCAGAGAGUUGGGGAUCCAGCCUCGGAGAAGGCCAGAAUGAGCGAAAGCCACAGCGGGAAGAAGAGCUUGAGCAUGCUCCAUUAUGUCAGGGGCUCCUUGUCCAAGGACAUCCCCAUCCCGUUGUCUCACAGCGUGAAUGGGAAAAACAAGCCCUGGGAAGCCUUCAUGGCAGAAGAGUUUGCACAUCAGUUUCAUGAGUCUGUGUUGCAGUCCACCCAGAAGGCCUUGCAGAAGCAUAAAGGAAGUACAACCUUGCUCUCUGCCGAACAGAACCAUAAAGUUGACACCUCCAUCCACUAUAACAUUCCUGAGUUACAGUCCUCCAGCCGGGUGUCUAUGCCUCAACACAAUGGGCAGCAGGAGACCCCAUCUGUGAGGAAGGGCCCCAUCACCCAGGAGCUGGACAGAGACUCGGAGGAGGAAGACAAAGAUGAAGAUGAAGAAGAAGAGGAGGAAGAAGCCCCCAGACCCAAGUGGCAAGGGAUUGAGGCCAUUUUUGAAGCUUACCAGGAACAUAUAGAAGAACAAAACCUGGAACGGCAUGUGUUGCAGACCCAGUGCAGACGGCUGGAAGCCCAGCAUUAUAGCCUCAGUCUGACAGCAGAGCAGCUCUCCCACAGUAUGGCGGAAUUAAGGAGCCAGAAACAGAAGAUUGUUUCAGAAAGGGAGCGACUUCAGGCAGAACUGGAUCACUUACGAAAGUGCCUUGUGUUGCCUGCAAUGCAGUGGUCUAGGGGUUACUUCAAGGGAUAUCCCAGGUGACGUUCCCUUGCACUAGGCCGAACAUAUAGUAUAGAAAUAUUAUCUAUUUUAUUACCUUGAAUAUUUAAUAUUUUUCACUGGGAGGUUUGAAGCUUAAAAAAAAAAAAGAAAAAAAGAAAAAGAAAUUGAGAAUGUGCCAUGCAUGAAGCAAAGGAUUCUGGGAUCCAGGAAAAAAAACUUAUCUUGACUUCAAUGCAAUCAAAUCACCUUUGUAAUUCUGCAAGCAACCAUUUAGGAAGCCCAUAGCUUUUGUUUUCAAGUUGGUUUUGUUCUCCCCCCUCCCCCCUUUAUUGUUUUGGCUUUUAUAUAUAUAUAUAUGCAUAUAUAUAUAAAUAUAUAUAAGAUAAAGAUGAAGGCUCCAUUACCAACACUAAAACCCAAUCAGUGUCCCAGGAGUGCCCAUCUGCACUUGGUUGGAUCACACCAAUUCUGUAUUCCUUUUGUUGCCAUAUUAGUACUAAAGAACUGAAUUUCUGCCUGGUGAGGAUGGGGUUAGCCUUGAUCUACCCCACGAGUGUAUGGCUUUCUUCGAUUGGAGAGGAGAUAUGGGGUGCAUUGUAAGUGACAGGAUUGUUCAUUUCAAUUACUCGAGUAAUUAUCUUCAGAGCAUCAUGUCCUGGGAGCAAACCAAGCCACAGUACUUGAGACUUUCCCUAAGGCUUUCCCACUGGAAAUGCACUUAUCUAAAAAUAAAAUGAAUAAACAAAUGGAAGGUACCUUUUUAUUAUGGGGCGGGAAGUGGGGGAUAGGGGGGGGAAAUUGUACAGAACUAUACACAUACACACAGACACACACCCAGACACACACACAGGCCCACAACAUUGUGUUACUGUAGUGGGUUAUGUUUUCAUACAAACACAAAUUUUGAGAGAAAAAAAAAAGUCAAAAAGGUGCUUCGGCCUUGUACUGUGUAUAUAUAUUAAAAAAAAAAAACACAAAGUUUUGUAUGUUUUUAUUACUUUAAUUAUUGUUAUAAAAAG